CGGCUUCAGUCCCUCACCGAAAGCCGGCUCCGCCGUUCGUGCGCGUUUCGCCUCGGUACAACACGAAACUUAAAUUUUGAAAGUAGAUAUUAUUCCAGACGGGAAAUCAAUUGUGUAAAACGAUUAACGUCCUCCAAACUGUUUGCCAAACGUUUCACUUCGUAUCACCCAUCGUAUCCCCGAAGAUUCGAACACCUGGCCAAGCCGUACGAAAAUUUUCUUUCUCAAUUCCUUCAUUUAUUUUUUUCACCAACUUCGAUCGUACGCGUUCGUAUCGUGGUCAUCGACGUUUCUACCGAUGGCGAAACAUGGUGUAAUCAAUUGUUUAGGUAUACUGUUCGAUAAAACGCGAUGAGUGACAAGUGCAUGAUUUGAAAGGGAAAAGAGAAAUUUCGAAUCGAAGAUAUCGACUGGGAAUAUCUCUGAAUUAUAUACCUGCUUUUAUGAUAUAUGUGGGUAUACUCGUUCGCUAUAUUGUACACCAAGGGGUGGGACAAGCGCUCGGCGAGUAUCGAAAUUCCAUCUAUAAUCGGGGAGCGUAAAUAUUCGUUUGGAUUCUUUGGAUUACCGCGCGGAAACCACGAGGGAAUAUCGUCUGAAUAAAGACACCCAAAAAAAGGUAAAAGAUGGACUCGUCGUCGGUGCAGGGAGCGCCACGUUGAAGAAGAAGGGGCUCUCAAAAUCGUCGGUUUUCAAAAUAAUCCCGUGCGAAAAAUCGACUAGGAGAGAGUUGGAAAUUUCAGAAGGCGCGAAGAGGAAGUCGCAGUGAUGCCUGCUUCGCAACCCGCUGCCUCGGAGCGGCGAACCGAUAAAAUGACCACGUCGGAACCACCAAAGCUGAAAACAACCCUGAAAACACCUCCGAAGCAAGCCACGAAUCCUCUUCAAUUUGUCAAAGUCGGACCAUGCGCUCUGUACAGAACGGCGCAGGAGCAACUCCAGAAAGUCGAGGAGGUGAAGAAAAUAAAACAGGAAGUGCGCGAGGAUCCCGAAGACUGGCAAUCGAACCUAGACAAUUGGAAGAGUAGCCGGAGGAAGCGGCAGGAGCACAUAAUCGAACGCGUGGUUGAGGUGAAGAAACUCGAACUCGAAGAACACGACAGACAACGUCGCCGGAGUAAAACUUUUUCAGAGAUGAUGGAGGAAAGGGGAAGUAGAGGCAGAAAAAUGAGCGUCGGCCUAGCAGUUUAUCACGAAGAAGACGCGAACGACUUGAGUGACCUCGGCAUCGGGACCAGCAGCGGAAAAAGUUCCGUCAGCGGCGACACUCACGACGACGCCCACAGCGUACUCAGCGACAGAGACAGUGAAAUAGAAAAAAAUCACUCGGACGUAGACAACGCGACGAGCGAAAAUGGGAACGGUCACACAAAUCCACCUGGAUUCGGUAACGGGUUUCACAAUAACCACAAUCACAAUCAUCAGGAAUAUGAUUCCGCUACGACGGCAACUGCGAGUUCACCCGAACCUGAGGAAUAUACGUACGAGGGUGCGAUUCGUGGAUACGUGUCGAGGGUAUCGCAAAAUAUACCGAGGAGAUCGCUUCAGGUUCAUCUGGACAAUAACAAAGUGGACAAUUCAACGGCGAAGGCGAACGGUGCGAAAAACGAAACGACGAACGGGGAUAAUAAAGGAUCGUCGGUUGUCAAGGUGGAUAUUCUGAAGAGGAGGGAAAUAUUUGAGAAGGGAUCGAAUCAGCAGAUCUCGGAGGGUAAGGCGAACAGGCUCUCCGGCGAUCUGACGAACUCGAAGUCCAUAAAAGAGCGACUGUCGAAUUUGGAGAAGCAGAAAAGCGAGGCUGAAAAUAUCGAUAAGAGCAACAAAAAUCUCAACAGACUGUCGGGCGACAUGAGCUCGAUCCGCGAGCGAUUAUCGCACUUGGAAAAAAAGACGACCGAACGUGAAAUGAAAAAUGCUCAAAAACUCAAUACGAUUAGUAACGGGGAAUUGGACGCCGUACGUCCCCUACGCGAGAGACUUUCGAACCUGGAGAAAUACGCCGGCGUUAACGACGAACCCUCGAAUCGAGAGACCCGUCAAAGCGGUCAAGAUCUGUCGGCGAAAUCUAUAAAAGAUCGUCUCAGCGCACUCGACGUGGCCAGAAACAAGGAAGUCGACAAGCGGACCGUCGCCAAACACACGAUUUGUUGCAGAGACAACGAGAACAGAAUCGAGACUUCGACGCCGAGCGAGAGAAGUUCAUCUCCGGACUCGGAGUACCGCGUUCAAAGGGCGCCGUUUCAUCGGAGUCUCGAUUCUCUCGACGCCGACGCGUCGAGUGGUCCCGAUACUUUUGAACGCGUUCAAAGCCUCGAGGAACUGGAUUACACCCGUCGCUAUCCGGCUUCGUCUUCGUCAGCUGAACUUCUCAACGAUACGGACAGGGAAGACUCUGGAAUACACACCGCGGACGUCAGCUGCUCAGUCAGCCAAGCCGACGAUAACGUCGACGAAGAAAUGGUCCCUGUCAAUAGCGCGGCGCUCGGAAAGCGGGGUGCGAUCGACGAAAAAACCGAAUCACUGCCAAACGACGUCGAAGCUCCGUCGGAAGAGCCGAGAGUCCAGGAAACUCCGACCGAAGCUUCUGGAGAAGAUGAGAAAAUCGGUAGCGGCCCAGAAACAGCAACGCAAAAGGAAAGUGCUGAUACUCACGGGGAACUGUCGACUAAUAAAUCUUCUCCUCGGCCAGUGGUAGAAAUAAUUAACACGGACUCAUUGCCGCCUCCGAUCCCAAAAUCCCCACGUCCCGUAGUUUAUCAAAGUCCAAAAGUACCCCCUCGAAAAACACCACCCCAAACGCCCGAUCCCAAACCCGAAUCGAUAGAAAUUACUCGUCGCGCGGAACGAACGAUUGACUCAAAAUCUUCGCCGAACAACGACGCGAUCUUGAACAACAAUAUCGAAGAAUCGAAGACCGAACUUUCGGAAUCGGAAAACUUGAAAUCGGAAGUUUCCAAGACGCUUGAAGUUACUCUGAAAGAAAACGCGUCCGAUUCGUCUCAACCGUCAUCCCCAACGGAUAUUCCGCCUCCUUUACCCUUGUCGAAACCACCGACAGUCACGCAACAACCCCCGGUUUUGAGAUCGGCGUCCAAAAUCCCGACCCCAUUGCCGCGAAAAACCGUCAAUUUUAAAUCAACCCCCAAUUGCAGCCCCCCGAAUUCUCCGAGCUCACCGAUAUCCCCCGAUUCGGGUGUUACGGAAUCUAAAUUGCCCACGAUAAAAGCUCGCAGCUUUCCCCUGAAAUUCGCAUCCCCGCAUCCCUCGGAAUCGGGAAAAUCAACGACAAACUCCGACUCGGCUGUCCCGUUUCAAUCGACGAUCCAAAACGAGAAAUCCUCAGCAGCGGAAGUUCAAGAUUCGCACCGCGAACUCCAAAAAUCUCACAUCCCGAUUUCGAUUCCUCAAGUUCCCGCCACGCUCCCAGCAUCGAAUCCCCCGAGGCAGGAAACCGCCGGGGACGAAAGACGUCGUACCGUGGUGGAAAUAUGCGAAAAGGUAUCGCAUCCGCAGGGUGAAACUCCGGUGACGCCGUUCAUCACGAUCGCCCGAAUCGGAGGCAACGAAAACUACGAGGAAAGCGUCGCGUCGUUGGAUACCGUUCAAGAAUCGAAGAACGCGCCAAUAACGUCAACUGCGAUAAAAUCCCGGCCCUCGUUCGAUCAGAAAUUAAUACCUGAGGUCGAAACGAUCAAGGAACCGACGAGGGUGAUCGAUAACGAAGGAACGGAGCAGGUAACACCUGCCGAAGAAAUACCACGACCUUCGACCUUAUCGUUCAGCCAGGUACCGCUCACUUCGGAAGAGAUGGAGAUCCUCAGUCCGUUAUCACCGAUGUCGAAACAGAUUCUGACCUUGAAUCUUUCGAGCGACGAGGAAAUCGUUACCAGCCUAGCGUUCCCUCUGGGACCACCGACGAGCGUCGAACCACCCAAAGAAAAACCACCACCGCCUCCCGUAGAUUUAAGCGACGAGGAGAGUCUUCCGGUCGAACCGCUCCGAAGGUUGAAUUCCACGAGACGGAUAAAAAAAGAACUGAGAUCGAGGAGGUCCGAUUUUUUAGGAAUCGAAGGGGGUAACGAGGAUGAAAUCGAACAGAAAAUGAUCCUGACCAAACCGCCGGAUAUGACGGCGAUCCUCGCCGAGGAAAGGAGAGUCGAACAACUUCAUCGUCGCUCUUACGAUACCGACAGUAAUUACGAGCAAGACUCGAGUCACGAGAGAGAUUCGGGCGUUGAACUUGGACAUGCCGAAGACUGGGCGAAACAAACCGUGAGCCCCGACAUGUCGCAGCACAGCAGACAGAGCAGCGAACCCUUCGGCGCCAGCGUGACUUCGUCGGAGGAAGAUGAGAUCACUAAAAAAGAACGGGAGAUAAUCGAGGUCCUCGAAAAAGAGGAACAAUGGCGGUACGGAAAUUCCGGAGAGGUGAACAGUGACAUCGGCGAAAAACUUGCUCACAAAUUGCGGGAACUUGAGGAAGAGAAGAUGCAGUUGGAGCGGGAGCGAGCCCAGGAGGUGGAGUUGCGUCGUCGAGAAGAGACCUUGCGAAAGAACGAGGAGAACAUUCGUAAACAGGAAGAGAUGAGACGUAACCGGGAAGCGGAAAUGGCGAGGCAAAAGGAAGCGGCCCUCGCCGAAGCGGAGCGAAGAGCGGCGGAAGUAAGGCGCGCCGAAGAGCAGAUUCGAGCCCAGGCGGAACUCGAAGAGAAGGAGAGACUCGCCGCUGAGAUGCAACGACGUCAAGAUUCCGAAAACAGAUUGAGGGCGAUCGAAAGUCAGAUACGGGAGCAAGAGAACAAGGCGCUGAACGGUGUUGGUUCCACCGACUUGAUCAGGCACGACGACGAUUACGCUUCCGGGGAAGUUCUCCGCGUUGAACGUGAGCUGCUUCAAUUGGAGCAAGAAGAAUUGAAACGUCAACGCAGUAACUUGGCCUACCGAGAACAAAAGCAACAGAAGCUCGCGGAGCAGUUGCAGGAGCAAUGGAAAUCGAUACAAGACGUUGUCCAGGUCCCGGUGAAUCCCGCGCCCCAGUUCAAAGCCCUCCCACCGGUGAAUUACAGGUCGUCGAUGCCGAAUCUCCAGGAGGCCCAGAGACGGAAACCACCCCCUCCUCCGAUUCCACCCGCGAAACCAUUGAGGCUCGUGGAACACAGACAGCGAGACGUCACGAUCAGGAGCAGCCGCAUGCCCUCGGCGGAUUCCAUUCCUCAACAAGUGGACGCCUCCUUGCGUCACAGUGCCUCGGCGACCGCUCUGUCGAAUCACGGUGGGCAGCAAAUGACCAGACAAACUCUUCAGGCUCUCAGCGCCGCGCCGAGACCGAGGAUCGUUCAGGGAGAUCAGUGGGUGCAGAGGAGGAAAAGUGACGUCCCCCGAGGUGCUCACGACUUGAACUACCAGCACUGGCUCAUACAGGAGGCCGAACAGCGUCGGAUAAAUGAACAGAAUCAGCGAUCCCCUCGUAAAGUUCAAUCUCACGUAACCGGUACAUCGGUUCCUUACGUGACGUCGUCGCCUCGAUCGCAGGACAGCAAACCUCUUCCGGAUUCGAUAAUCCAAACGUUGACCCAAAGAGUGCAAAACAGGGCGCAGGAAAAACCUUUGCCUCCGCGACGAAGGUUGGAACACAGUUCCUCGCACGAGCAUUUAUCGGUUCAACAUCAGAUCCAACAGCAACCUCAACAGCAGCAACAGAAACUGCAACAACAGACGACGGCGGCGACGACGAAUAAUUCGGAAUCACAGGAGAAGAUGCUCAGCGUCAGCGGAAAGAAGAAGUGUUCGCACUGCGGGGAUGAACUCGGUCGAGGUGCAGCGAUGAUAAUCGAAAGUCUUCGGUUAUUCUACCACAUGGAAUGUUUCAAAUGUUGCGUAUGUCACGUACGUCUCGGCGACGGUCGCAUGGGCACCGACGUGAGGGUGCGAAAUCACAAACUUCACUGCCACAACUGUUACUCCAGCGACGACGGUGUCAAAUUCAGCUGUGUGUAGAAAUUUGGGCUAUGGAUCUAAGCUGACUAACUUGAAUAUAGCGUGUUUCGGCUAUAUUUUAUAAGUUGUAGUUCGCAACUCUUUCUCGACAAAGGUGUAUAAUUUAAAAUGCAAUAUGGGAUAACUCUUUGUUACAUUGUUUUUUGUUUUUUUUUUUUCUAAUUUUAUUUUUGUAAAUAUCAAUCAUGAAAAUUUUGACGCAGCAACUUGAGGAAAAAAUUAUUUCUUUCUCAUUUGAUUUUUUAUUUUUUUUUUCUAAUUUUUUUUUAUGCCAUUUAUUAUUUUCUCCCUCUUAUCGCUCUUUCCUCUUUCAGCUGAGAUCACUGCAGCUAUGUUUCAAAAAGUGUGUUUGUCGUACUCCCUAAUAACAUAGAAUAUUUGAAAGAAAGAACUCCAUUUUUUUUCGAUGUAGAGUUUGUACUGUUAUAGAUUUAACGAGAAUAGAAGAGAAACAUCAAUUUAUGAUCUUUAUUUUGUUAACUAACCAAUGUAAAUAGACGUGUAUUUAUGUAAUUAGUUUAGAAUUAAUUAAACGAGUCUGCGUGUUACUUGAUAAGGAAAAAGAAAAAUUGAUAAAUGACUAAAGAGCUGCUGAGGACCGACGUGAGGAUGCGGCGAAAAAAUUAAAAUAAUGAGAAAACGAUUAAGAUAAAAAAAACGAAAAAAAAAACGUACCGACGAAAGGGGUGGAAACAAGUGGACCAGGUGUGUGUACAUUUUUUUGUAAUAUAAAAUGUGAUAUUUAUCAAAAAAGAAUAUGAAAGGGGAGAAUAAAUUUCUUCCUCGUAUUAUAUAGAAGAAAAAUCCAACUGAAUUUCUGAGUUCGAAAUUCGCAUCGAAGGAAAUUCUGAAAAUUGUUGCGAGAGCUGUUGAUUAAAUUAAUUAAUUAAUUGAAAACGAAUUUGAUGAAUACAAUCAAUAAUCUCAAUCGAGAAUCUUACAACUUAUUACAUCGUAGUUUGAGUGUGCCUAUAACGAUAUUUUCUUUAACUAAAAUAAUUUUGAUGAGAGAAAAAAAUUU